AUGGAAGUCGCCCCCGAAAACGUCCCGGAAGGUUGGACGAACGACCCUGAGCGUCUCAACCGCACUUUCCGCCCUAAUUCCAGAGAGCUUUAUCUAGCGCGAUGCCACGGACUGGAAGGGGUCAGACCUGUUUUGGUGAACACGCCUAGUUCCGGAGAAAUGGGCUUUAUUAUCACGUCCGGCGGCCAUUAUUAUAUUGGGGAUAAGAUGGGUGACUACAUAUACGAGAUAAAAAAGCCAAACACCCUACCAGCCAUUGUGCGUGUCAUGGCCGAGGAAGGAGAAAAAGCGUUGAAAUGUAGGAAGUUGAAGUUUGUGGAGUGGGUUCGGAUGGACUCCCCCGAGCCCCCUGUGGAAUCUGAAGGGCCAAGGCUGUUUGUUCCUUAUUCUGAGCAACUUCACGGUCGGAGUGGCUGCUGCAGAGUAAAGGAUUGCGUUGCUCGUGAUUCAUAG